AAUGGGUUUGUGCGUGUAAAGACCGAAGCACAACUCAACUUGCUUAACAAUGGCCCCGUCCGGAUCUUUAACUCUGAGGAGAAGUGCGAGGGCGUUGGUUCAUCUGAAGAGGAGGAUCAAGACAACAGUGGUGGAGAAACAGAACUGCCAGAGAUUGAUCCACGCGCUGAAGAUCGGGAACUGAAGAACCACCUGUUGAGGAAGUAUAGUGGUUACUUGAGUAGUCUCAAGCAAGAGCUUUCCAAGAAAAAGAAGAAAGGGAAACUACCCAAAGAAGCUCGGCCAAAGCUACUCAAUUGGUGGGAGUUGCACUACAAAUGGCCUUAUCCUUCGGAGACCGAGAAGGUGGCCUUGGCAGAAUCAACUGGUUUGGACCAAAAACAAAUUAAUAACUGGUUCAUCAACCAGAGGAAACGACACUGGAAACCGUCUGAAGAUAUGCAAUUCAUGGUAAUGGAUGGAAUUCAUCCACAGAACGCAGCUUUCUAUAUGGAAGGACACUAUAUGGGCGAAGGUCCUUACCGAUUGGGGCCAUGACCAUGAGAAAUAAUCAAAAUGGGUAGCUGAAUCACAAAAGAAAGAGGAAAACAAAGAUGCAUCUGCUGCUGCCAGGCUACUUGAGAAACUGAGUGUUGAAGAUGAGAGAGCAGCAGAAGACAAAGCCAGUGAAGAGGUGUCUGUCAUGGUCUGAGAGAGCCGAGAGGUAAGAGAGAGGAAGAUGAAGUUACAGUCUGGGUAUGUGUAGAGGUCCGGCGGGCAGCCAAGGCGAGGCGGCCCCCCGCCGGUGAAGCAGAAUGAUUAGGUUGUUAACCUUGCUCUGAUA